AUACUGUGCCUCGUCUCGUUGGCUUUGGGUGAUGUGGGAGAGAAAAGUUUUUCAGGAAGAAGACUCUCCCCCCUCUUUAUUUGCUCAAGCUUGCUUCUUCUCUGCCGCAGGUUCCAUGGGGAAGGGUACCAGGAAGGCUAUGAAGAAGGCAGCAGCUUGGGUAUCAUUGAAGGAAGACAACACGGCACUUUACACGGAGCUAAAAUUGGAUCGGAGAUUGGGUGCUACCAAGGUUUUGCUUUUGCUUGGAGAUGUCUCCUGCACAGCCGUGCCACUGAGAAAGACAGCAGAAAGAUGAAGGUCUUAGAAUCGUUGAUUGGAAUGAUUCAGGAAUUCCCUUAUGAUGACCCUACUUACGCCAAACUUCACGACGACUUAGACAGAAUUAGAGGAAGAUUUAAACAGCUUUGUUCAUUACUGAAUGUUCAGCCGGACUUUAAAAUAAGUGUGGAAGGUUCUGAACUUUCAUUUUGAGGAUGACAGAUGAACAAAGACGAAACAUCAAGAGACAGAUGUCCGUGUGUUAAGUGUUGAAAAAUGUGGCUGAAGAAAAACAGUGAUGGGGUCGGUCUUCGUUGUUCUGGAGGGAGGCUUCCAGCUUGGCCGGUGAAAGGGCUCCCUUCCCCCGGUCUGCCUGUGUCGCCUCGGUGUCCCCACGGGGCCUCCACGCAGCCCUGUCCUUGUGCCGCCCUGUCUGCUGUGCGGCCCUCGCGAGGCGCUCACUUCUGGUCCAGAGUCCGCGGGCCUCACCAGUCCCGUCCAGCUGGGCAGCUGGCCUGGCAGGUUUCUCGACUGGGGUUGGCUUUGUGGGGGACUCCCCCCAAGCCUGGACUCAGAGCUCAGAUGGACAGUUUUUCAAAAAGUGAGAGCGACAGGGCUGACAUGAAGUUGGUGAGUGGGAGGCAGUGGUGAGCGCCAUGACAUUUAAGGUGCACCAGCACCCUGUGGCGUGCCUCCGUGUGUUUAGUCCCUUCCGGAGCCCACCAGGUGAGGUUAUUCCCAUUUUCCAGAUGCGAGCACAGACCUGUGGCUUCCGGCACAGGAGAGGCCAGCAGGCCGCUCAGCCCUUCAAGGGGGGUGGUUUGCAGCGUUAGAACCAGUUACAGGGGAAAAUGUUAAACUCAAGACUAAGCGUUAGCCACCACGCUACAUGCAGAAGCUUUCGGAGCCUGACACUGAGAACCCUGCCUUCGCCCUUUUAGUGAGUUCUUUUGUCUCCGCCUGCACAGAGGGCUUCAUGUAUGCAGGGUGAGGUCGGGAGCAGGGGCAGGGUCCCCGGGUCAGUCCUCGCCGAGCUGAGUGGUUGUCGACGUGUUUCUGCCACCUCAUAUGUGACCGCACGUGCCCACAUCCCCAGAGGGUGCCCAGGGCUGCUGGCACGCUGGCCCCCACUCCUGUCGGGGGGAGUGUGUCUGAAAAUGGAGUGAGGUGAAUAAAGGAAGUGGCUGGAGACCCGAGGGCGAUCCCUAGGGAGCCGGGACGGGCAUUCCUCAGUCGGCGGUCCUUGCUGCAGUAAUGUGUGUGUCCUCACCUGCAGCCCCUCAGUUCGGGGGUGCCUCGUGUGCUGGGUGCACCCCUCAGACACUGCCUUCCUCACGCUGGUCCUCCAGGGCUAUCUCCCGGCAGCGGGAGGCAGGGGCCACUGCGUUUCCCUUGCUGGAUUUUUGUGUGUUCUGUUAUCUGUUUUGAUAAUGUAUUUUUAAUUGGAGAAGAAAAUAAACAGCGUAUUUUAAAGCUAAA